GACCCGCCCCGCGUUCACACGCGGCCGCGGGGGCCGCGCUCGUAAGGCCGCAGCCGCCACGGCCGCGCGGCUGGACGCCGAGGGCCCCUCGGAGGAGGUGCUCGUGCUCAGCUGCAUCGAGGGGCCGAUGCUGAUGUCUCUCGAUCGAGAGGUGGACGCAGUUUUGGAGCAGUUCGGCGACGGGGCCUCCGUGGAGCUCGUCGACGACGCGGACUGGACCAGGUUCCCCCAGGUCGGCGCCGCCCUCCAGCAGAUCUCCAGCAGGGACGAGUGCUUGACGGCUGCCGUGUGCCGGAAGAGCGGCCUGCGCGGCUUCGGGGUAAGCAUGUGCACUCGGACCCGCUUCACUAGCGCAAGGGCGGCGCUCGUCAUCACCAUGGCGCUGAGUCCAGGCGGCGUCGGGGCUCUUGCGCCGUACCCUCAGCUCGCCGACCUGGCGCUGCAGGCGCAGCGGCUGCGGUGGGCGCCCCUGCGCACGGCCGCGAAGGCCCGGGUGGCGAGGGCCACGGCGGCGUUGCGGCGGUUCUGCCGGAAGUGGCUCUGCUCCUGGCGUGCGCGCAGGUGGAUGCGCUUCGAGUCGGCGUGCGAGGGCUCCGCCACGCACUGGGCACAGCGCAGGAUCGACGAGCGCGGCAACCCGGCGUGGGAGGGCUUCUGCGUCUGCUGCAAGCGCCCGCUCACCGUCUCCUUCGCGGAGGGCCCGGGCGCGGGGCGGAAGCGCAGGAAGGCGGAGCGGUACGCCUACGCCUGUGCCUUGUGGGGGACAAACCCUGAGCACGCGCUUGGCGCAAUGGUCCUCGGACAUUCGCUUCGCCGUACUGGGACACCUCACGACUUGGUGCUGUUGCACACCACAGACGUGCCGUUAGGAUGCCGCGAGUUGUUGCGAAACGCUGGCUGGCGCUUGUGUGUAGUAGACUACGUCUCAGCCAGCGAGAACUUGUUUUCGAACCCCAACAACCGCUUUGCAGGCACGUUCACGAAGUUGCGAGUCUUUUCAUUGGUGGAGUACACGAAGGUGAUUCUGAUGGACUCCGACAUUCUCGUCCGCGAGAAUAUCGACUCGCUUUUCCAGUUGCGUGCUCCCGCAGCAUUGCACCGCGGUGUAGCGUGCGGCUACGCGCACGGCGAGCGGAUCAACGGCCGCCAUUUCUUCGGAGGCACCAGGCCCGGUUUCGACGCGAACUCGCAGUUCUGGUCUUCCAGUGCGGCUGGGAAUUUCGCGACUGUGAGGGGGCCGUGGUCUUGGGGCCAGUCGGGCGGCAUCAACGCCGGAGUGAUGCUCUUCGAGCCUGACUUGGAGACCUUGAAGCUGUGCCUUUCGGAGGUCACCGAGAGCUCACACCCAGAGCACAUCCCAGGCAGUGGUCCCGAGCAGGACUACUUGUCGCGCUUCUACGCGGGCGAGUGGUCUCACAUCAACGUGGCCUACAACUUCCAGCUCCACCAGAUGUACUUCAUGGUGGCCUGGCUGGACGAGGGCUCGCACGCGGAUCGCAAAGAGUUCCUGCUCCGCCCAGAGCUCAUCAAGGCCUUCCAUUAUUCGGCGGACCCGAAGCCCUGGGCGCGCCUGUUUAGCGCGAGCCUUUCCUCCCUGGACGACCCCGCUUGGGCUGAGGAGGUCAAGAGUAAGUUCUCUGGGUACCGGGCCUGGAUACUGAAGGAUCCCGAGUACAAGUACCUCGACAGCUAUGGCGAGGACGAGCCCGAGGUGCCCAAGUGGGCCGUGGAGGCCACGGACAGGGUGGUCGCCCUGUCCCUUCGGGAGUGGGAGGAUGCCUACAGGGACCUGGCGCGCCUGCUGGGCAGGCCCGCCCUCGCCGAGGACGUCGUGGCGGCCCACGCCGCCGACAGCUGGGCCGCCGCGGCCCCCGCGGCCGCGGAGCCUGCGGAGCAGGGCAGCCCCGCGGCCGGCAGCGGCGGCUCGGGGGAGUCGUGGCAGACCACGGGCUGGCCGAGCCGGGGGAACUCGGUGUGGGGGCUGCUGUGGGAGCAGCUGCCCGCGGAGCAGCGGGCCGCGGCAGAGAGCCUCGGCUGGAGCGCGGACUCGUGGGAUCACACCACGACCUGGCCCCUCCCGCACGGCAUCCUGUGGGACGACAUGCCGGCCAAGGUCCGCAGCGCUCUGGAGACGCUGGGGGAGACCAGGAGUUCGUGGGACUUGUGGGAAGCGCGCAAGGUGAUGCCUUGAAGCCCUCCUGCGAGAUGGUGAGGCGGGGUCCUGCCCCAGACGUCCUUCCCAACACCUCGCUGGUCGCGCCGUGCGCGGCGAAAGCGGGCAGCGGGCCCCAGGCCGUGUGGCGUUGCGACCAGGCUGCGUGGCGGGAUCUGCCCCCGAGCGUCAUCGCCGACGCCUCGCUGGCCGCCGCUUGCGGCAAGAGCGAGCAGUGGCCCUGUGCCGCAUCUUGGCGUGAUGGUGACGUGCAGGGAGUGAUUCAUCUGCAAGGCGCGCGCGCGAUCUCGUGGGAUGGAUGAAAAUUGCCCGCGCGUGUGUACAGUGAAAACGUAUAGUAAGGACGCGUGGCAAGGACGCAAGACCAUUGGAGGCUGAAGCUGGAUUUUUUUGGGCGGCGGCG